GCGCUCUGAGCCGUUUCGGCCGAUUUUGGUUGACCACUUCUUAUUUUUGCAGACACUCAAACACACACACACAAACACACACACAAGCAAUGAGCUUGGUCAUCGCCACCCCGGCCACUGUGGCCAACCGAACCCUGGCUCCAACCGUGUUUCUUGACAUGGAUGGCACGAUCGUGUCAACAGAUAUGCACAAUACCGCGCUCACGUUCUUGCACGGGCUGCCAAACUCGUUCUCAAAGUAUCUCCGAAUUGCCGGCUACUGGCUGGGUAUCCCCGUGAUGGUGGUGGUCAACUACUUCAGUGAGGCCGCAUGCGUGCACGGCUUGGUCUGGGUGACGCUCUCCCGGCUGUCUGUGGCCGACGCCGAGCUUGGACGCAAGGCAGUCACCGCAGAGUUGCUCCGUAGCUUGCGCCCGCAGCUGCGCGACGAAAUCACCGUGCACCAGGCGGAAGGCCGCCACGUCGUCGUCGUCAGCGGAAACCUUUCCGACUGGAUUGGCGACUUUGUCCACCAGACGCUCCAUUGCUCGCUGAUCUGCACGCACGUCUCGCGCACGCACGACAACCGACGGUACACGGGCCGUGUGCUGGGCUCGGUCUGCGUCCAGCAGGAGAAGGUCAACCGGAUUCUUGCGGUCGAGGCGGCGAAUUCCGCGCUCGCCCGAGCCCUUGUGCCGGGGACCCAGCAGCGCGUGGGAUAUCAUGGCUACGGGAACUCGCACAACGACGCACUGUUCAUGUCGCUCUGCGAAUUCGCUUGGCCAGUCACUCCAAACAGCCGUCUCGUCAAAAUCAGCCAGAUUAAGAAUUGGCCGACCAAGUUCUUCAAGGUGGUCGAGCAAUCGCAGACCAACAACGCAGCAUGAAGCCUCAAAUUGCCAUAGCGGUCAUGCUGCGUCUUUUGAUGCAAUGCUCUUGAUGGGUAUUCGGUGUGUACGGUAUUUCUUUUUUUUUGUAUUGGGACAGAAAAACUCUCCAUCAAACAAAACACUUCUUGUAUCAUCUUUCAUCGGAAAUUCGGCAUGCCAAACAACCAAAUACAACAACG